AUGUCAAGUGAGGAGCAAAAUCCUCCCGUGAGAAGACAUUCAAAGAGGAACUCUACCGAUAUGCGAGCACAGGGCGCCCCGAGGCGGAUGACAACCGGCCCGCUAGAUCUUAACUUUGAGCUACCAACAUCCCCUCCCGCCGAAGGAAAGCCGGCACAAGAUGUCUCUGCUUCAGUAUCCACGGCUAUGACGGUGAAUACAUUUGCGACAGCACCGGAAAGGGUGUCGUCGCCGGCAUCGGCAACAUCAGCUCAUACUAUCAGCGGCCUCUCAGCCGCUGAGCCCCCUCGUGACUACGCCUACCUCCUCGAUCCUCUUAUAUUUCGGCAUCUCUCAAACGUUGAACGUAACCAGCUGUCGCUCGUCCCACUAUCAUCCCAUUUGCAUACCUUAGCAACCCACUGUUCCACCGCCCUUGCAUCUACCGCGGUCACGGAUGCUCAUAAUAUCUUUCCUCUGUGGACUAUUCGACUUAUUUGCUUCUCUUUGAUCUCUGCACAAACUACCGCCUUCGCUGCUCAGGAAAUCAAAGUCUUCGGCGAUUUAACAUCGAACUUUUACCGUAAUCCAUCUUUCAUACACGCCGUUCCCUGGGAUCUCAGAGUUCUAGCUAUAAGAUUACAAGCUCUGGGGUUUAACGAUUGGCGAAGGUGCUUAGAGCAUUUUUACAUGUUGGCGAAGGAAGCAAGAAGCGAGGCUAUCAAACAACGACAUUCACCAGGAGAAUUCAAAUUAUGGCGCGACAGGCUUCUAGAUCUUGGGCUACGUGUCGCGGCAGCAUUGAUCGAGAUAUCUGAUCUUGAUGGCGCCGAACGACAUCUAAAGAGUCUAAUGGAAGAGAAAGAUGAAGUGGAUAGUGGUAUCGGGUUUAGACUUCGCGAAGCGGUAUUAUACAUGCAACUUGGGCAGCUAGAUACGGCGAGGAAAUGUUAUCUGGCUAAUGGAGCUAGUGAAGGAGAGGAUGUGGAUACCGUAAUUGAAGGGCUGAGAUUGUUGGCGACGGAUGACUUUGAGGGUGCUGCAGUUCUCUGGAAGAAGCUAGUAGAUAGUGAGAGUGAAGGAGAGAGGAGAACGAUUUAUUUGAUAAAUAUGGCAGUUGCACUGUUAUACUUGAGACGAAUGCCGGAGGUACAAGCUACCAGCAAUUUUAGGAUGCAAUCAACGAUGGAUAGGCAACUGGCAUACAGCUACAAAUCGCUCUCGUUUAACAUCGUGACUUUGCAGACACUCUUAGAUUUCGAGUAUGAGCCAUUAAGCUUGGAUAUUAGACAGCAAUUGGAGGUGCUGAAUGAUGAGAUGGCGGGUGUGCUGAAAAAGAGGGAACAAGCGGCUCAUGCGUAA